GUCUAAUAUAUUUAAUACAUAGACAAUGUUUAUAUAGUUCAGUGUCUUUAGAUAUUACAACUAGCUAAAAUCGAAAUAAACAAGUGAAGUAAAAAUGUAUAGAUUUGGAGAGCAUCUCUUCAAAUAUAAAAUCAGAAAAAUGUGUAUUCCGCCAACUUCAAUAUCGAGCAGCUUCCAACAAAUUCGAACCGCAGCCUCAACCAAAAAUCGAAUUACCGAAGGCCCAAACCUUCGUGAUUUUCUGCAACAGUCGUCGCCGGUGUCCAAUGUUCACUACGUAAAGAGCCAACAUGAAAUCCCAUAUCUUCCGCGGGACUCCCUACUCGGUCGGAAACGGAAAGUAUUUUUCGAAAUUUACGGCUGCCAAAUGAAUACCAAUGACACGGAGAUUGUUUGGUCCAUAUUGAAAGACUAUGACUUCCGAAGAACCGGAAGUAUUAAGGAUGCAGAUGUGAUACUGAUUAUGACUUGUGCCAUCCGGGAAGGGGCCGAAAGUACUAUAUGGAACCGGCUUAAACACAUUCGCCUUAUGAAAGAAAAAAGAGACGAGGAUAAACCUUUGCAGAUUGGAGUUAUGGGUUGCAUGGCAGAGCGAUUGAAGAAGCAACUGGUGGAAAAUGAACGAGCGGUAGAUGUUGUAGUUGGACCGGACAGCUACAAGGACUUGCCUCGUCUGUUGGCCGUUGGACAAAGAGGUCAGAAAGCGAUAAAUGUGAUGCUGUCGUUGGAUGAAACAUACGCCGACGUAAUUCCGAUCAAGCUGGAUCGCAAGUCGCAAACUGCGUUUGUGUCAGUUAUGAGAGGAUGUGAUAACAUGUGCUCAUACUGUAUAGUUCCAUUCACCAGAGGAAGGGAACGUUCCAGACCUAUCAAGUCAAUCCGAGAGGAAGCACUACAUCUGAACGCUAAAGGCAUCAAGGAGAUAACUCUUUUGGGGCAAAAUGUUAAUAGUUACCGGGACACAAGUGAGAACACCGAAGGUGUUGAAUUAGAAGCUUCCGUUCUUGCCCCGGGCUUUAAAACGGUCUACAAAACAAAAAUUGGAGGCCUCCGAUUUGCUGAGCUACUUAUGGAGCUUGCCGAGACGGUGCCUGAAAUGCGAAUUCGGUUUACCUCGCCGCAUCCCAAAGAUUUUCCCAAUGCGGUGCUGGAAACCAUCGUAAGAUACCCAAAUAUUUGCAACAGUUUACAUUUGCCGGCACAGUCCGGGAGCUCUGCAGUUUUGGAACGAAUGCGACGCGGUUACAGUCGGGAAGCAUAUAUAAACUUGGUCCAGGAAGUGCGUUCGCUCAUCCCGGAUGUAACGCUAUCGAGCGAUUUUAUUUGCGGAUUCUGCGGAGAAACAGACGAAGAAUUCUACGAAACUGUUUCCUUGAUACAACAUGUCAAAUAUCACACUGCGUUUCUCUUCGCGUACAGUAUGCGGGAGAAAACAACCGCUCACCGCCGUUACAAGGAUGAUGUACCGGCGGAAACGAAACAACGAAGGCUACAGGAGAUGAUUUCAGCAUACCGUACUGGAGCUGAAGAGUUAAACAGACAAUAUGUUGGUCGUGAAGAAUUAGUGCUAAUUGAAGGAACUAGCAAACGAUCCAAAAAUGAUCUCGCUGGCCGCAAUGAUGGCAACAUAAAAGUGAUACUUCCCGGUGGAGAUGUACCCAUGGGUGAUCUAGACUCAAAUGAAAGGAAGACGAUAGUCAGCGGUGAUUAUGUGGCUGUCAAGAUAAUAGAUUCAAAUUCACAAAUUCUAAAAGCGGUGCCACUUUACCACACGUCUAUAACAGAGUUUGCGAACCACAAACAUAAUAGGACAAAUAUGAUGACAAAUUAUUGUUCAAACGUUUGAUCAAUUAUAACAUGAAGGUUCCUACCUACAUA